AAGUGCAUUGGCUUUAUUCAAUGCGAAAGAUCCUCAAGUCUCGAAGUAUAAUAAAGACGAAAUUAUGAAAUUGCUUAGGAUUCCAGAAUGCCAUUCAUCCGAAGAAUCAGAAAUAGAUCAGAAAAAUAAUGAAGAAAAAUGCCAGAUAGUCGUAUACGAUUAUUUCUGGUGUUCAAAUGAGUUUAAGAAUCUUUUACGAAAUCUUUUCAAAAAGCAUGCAUUGUUACAACAAUCAGCUCAGCUGAUGAGACCUCAGAUUUAUGAUGAUAUUCAUUUUUGCAAAAACAUAUCACCGCCAAAAAAUGCGCUAACUACUGAUGGUUAUGACCGUUUGCUUGAUUAUAGGACUGAAGAAGAACAUAUGUAUAGUGAAUCUUCAACAACUGACAUUAACAAUUACGACGACAUCCCACAAUAUUUUACUGAUGAUGAAGAUGUAUAA